GUUCAUGGAGGUUCACGCUUUGACUGGCAACCACUGUGUGUGGAGGCUGCAAAGUUGGAGAAAUUGUCCCAUUUGAGACCAAAAUCAACGCAUCAAUGUUGGACGGGAAGCGAUCAGGUGGAUUUCAUAUCGGGAUUCCACCACUCGAAAGUGACGACAGCUGUCUCAGUGACAGUGGGGAUAGCGAUGAAGACAAAACUCGUACCCCAGCCACAAGCCGACAUUUUGGCGACUCCCUCUGAGCCCUUUAAGGUUAUGAAAGCGGCAGUAGUGAGAGUGCUGACAACAGCAGCAGUAAUGAAGACUUUACUGCUGCAAGAAGGAAAUCAGCUGCUACUACAAAAAGAAAAAAACUAAAGGUAGUAUGGAAGAUGGCGAAGCAAGAGAACUCUGUAACAGACGAUCCAGUUAGGCAAGGUGCUCCUCUGGGUGCUGAUGAAGUCAGACUGCCCAUUCAAUACUUCAGAGACUUUUUUGACGCUGAUCUUUUGGGUAGUAUUGUGGAACAAAGCAAUCUGUAUUGCACACAACAAAAUCAAAAUUGUGCCCUCAAAUUGGAUCAGAAUGAACUGGAGCAGUUUAUUGGCACUGUAGUGUACAUGAGUGUUUUGCAUUUACCUAGGCCAAGAAUGUACUGGUCCAGUGCAUGUCGAGUAUCACAGGUGGCUGAUGUGAUGUCCCGAGACAGAUGGGAAGAAAUAAUACAUUUCAUUCAUUUCAAUGACAACAUGGCACCCAAUAACGGUGAUAGGCUUUUCAAAGUCAGGUCACUUAUUGAUUCACUUCUCCCCAAAUUUCAGGCUCUCCCUCAAGCUCAAAUGUUAUCUGUUGAUGAGCAAAUGGUGCCAUUCAAAGGCAGAUCAAGUCUAAAGCAGUAUAUCCCCGAGAAGCCAUACAAAUGGGGAUACAAAAUCUUUGUGCUUUGUGACACAGAAGGCCUGGUGCAUUCAUUUGACAUAUUUGCAGGGAAAAUUGGUCCUGCACCAGGACACCCAGACAUUGGGGCAAGUGGAAACAUUGUGCUAAAGCUUGCACAAGAUAUUCAUGAUGCUGCCAAUCACUUGCUGUGCUUUGACAACCGGUUUUCCUCCUUGGAUUUGUUUGUUGCUCUUGCAAACAAGGGGAUACCAGCCCUUGGUACUGUGCAGCAAAGUUGCCUGAAAGGGUGCAGUUUCAGUGAAGACACAGAAAUAAAGAAAAAGAGAAGAGGGACAUUUGAAGAGCAACAGGUUGACGUAGACAAUGUGGAAAUAAGAGCAGUCAAAUGGUUUGACAACAGCGGGGUGAUCGUUGCUAGCACUUUUGCCAGUGCCUGGCCUGUUUCUAACAUAGAAAGAUGGGAUAGAAAGUUGAAAAAGAAAGUGUCUGUGGAAUGCCCAGGUAUCAUCAGCCUGUACACCAAGUUCAUGGGCGGGGUUGAUGCUCUUGAUGCACUGAUUGCAGAUUACCGCAUCCACAUAAGGUCAAAAAAGUACUACCAUAGGUUCUUUUUUCACUUUGUGGAUAUGGUCAUUGUCAACAGCUGGUUGUUGUAUCGGCGUGAUUGUGAGUCACUGAGUGUUCCGAGAAAGAAGCAGAUGGAUUUGCUUGCUUUCAGAACAUCUAUUGCACAGGCGCUCUGCAUGCAAGGCAAGGAUCUGUCAAAAAACAAGAGGGGGCCGCCUUCAUCGGAUGUUGAAAGGGAGUUUGAAAAGAAGAAGCGCCGAGGUCCAGCUAAGGCUAUUCCAACACAGGAAGUCCGUUCAGAUGCUGUGGGUCACUGGCCAGUGGUUGAAAGAGAGCGGCAACGCUGCAAAUUCCCAAAUUGUAAGGGCCAGACUGUGUUCAAAUGUGCAAAGUGCAACGUUCACCUGUGCCUCAACAAAAACAAGAACUGCUUUCGUGAAUUCCACGAGUAAGGCUGUUUCAUGCAAAGACAGUUCAAGUGACAUGCUCACUCCACAUUGGAGAAACAAGGACAGAGUAGGAGUAAAGAUGUCAUGGUGAAAUUUAAGGUGUGCUGAUUGAUUCAUGCCAUCAAUUCAUGCACUGAGUAACAUUUCAAGUAAAUGUUCCACCUUAAAACAUGUCGACAGUCAGCCCAGUGAAUGAAGCUAUUUUUUUAUCUUUCAUUUUAUAGUUAUAGUUUACUGAUGUAUGAUCAGAGGUUACAUAAAACCAGCCGCAACUCAGCCCUGAGCAGAGUGACUGUCCUCUACUGACCAAUCAGACUGCAGGGUUUCUAGCUCCACAUUUUAUUACCAGAUUCUGUGUACUAGGUACUAGCGAUGGUGAGAUGAAGCCUUAUGGAGCAUUGAAGCUUUCCAGCAAAUUGGUUCAGAAAAGGGUUCAUUUCUCGAGGCUUCAUGCACACAUGAAACCACCUGCUGGCCAAAGUGUGUAGAACAGGCAGCUGUGACCUUAACCAUGUAAUCUGUGAUACACGGUAUUUUGUGUCAGUAAUGGGUAUUGGGAAUAACUAUUAUUAAUAAUAAUAAUAAUAUUAUAACUUUCUUUUUAUCAAUAUAGUGUAUUUUCUAGUGAGUAUAUUAUGACUAUACUGUAUCAAAUACAUCUGCAAUAAACUGUUAUUGUUUUGUGAAUGCAUCCUGUGUGUAUAAACCAAUCAUUGGCUAAAAAUUGUAUUGUUGUGUAGUGUCAUAUAAUAUAAUAUAAUAAUGGCAAAAGGGGUAAUAUUCAUGUUCUGUGUCACUUCUGUGCAAACCUCACACCAAGAUCUGAACCGCUUCCCGAACCAGUCACAUGGUACAGCCUGGCAGCGAGGCUUUGGACGUCAUCAAUGACGUCACUCAUCUGAAACUAUACAAGCCUCGAUACGCGCAUCGCGGAAACACUUCUGGAUUAAGCCUGAUUUAUGGUCUUGUGUUAAAUCAACGACGUCGCUACGUCGAAGGGCACGUGGCUAUGCAGGAGGCACGCCAUAGCCCCCGGCGUAGCCUGACGUGCAUCUCCCCAAAAAUGUAACUGCACGUCGAGGCGACGCAGACCCAGCGCAGACCAAGAGGGCUGUGAUUGGUUUGAUUGGUAGCAACGCAUUUCCGGUUCCGUAUUUCCAGAUUGCGCCAUCCCUCAACGUUCAAUAUGGAUACGGACCGAUACGGAUGGAGCCGUCUGUCCGUGCUCCACGUUCAUUUCUCUGUGACCGGAAAAGCUGGAAGCUAAACAAAGAAUCAACUAGAGACAACGAUAACCAUUCAGGAAAGGAACGCAGCCCCCUACCGCUCUGGCGGUGAAUUGCACCGUGAUGAAAUGGAGUGACGGAGAAGUUCGAAGGGUUCACGACGGCGUCACGGCAACGACGUAGGGACUUCGUUGAUUUAACGCAGGACCAUAAAUCAGGCUUUACUCGACGCACGCUUCGAAGCAUCGGCACAGCACGUAACAUCACUACUGGGUACCCCAACAGAGAGGUAAACAAAAAUGGGGACGAUACUGAACGGUUCCAUUGGUACCAUCCACAAUUUUUCACAGUGGAAACAGGAAAAAAAAGCGUACUGAAUUGAACCGUACCGUACUGCUCGGUGGAAACGGCUUUAUUGUUAAAAGUCGUCUUAAAUGAGCCAAUAACAAUCUGACUUUUGGGAAAGCUUGAUGACAUUUAAGACAUACAUUUAGUUCAUGAUGUUUAAGUAUUUCUUUACUGUGCUGUUUUGUUUCUUGCCGUUGUCAUGAUUCAUUCUUUUCUAAAUGAAAGUCUAUAAGUUCUAAGUGAAAAGCUUAUAAAAAAAUAAUUUUGUAGCAUCAAUAAAAUCUCCAUACCUCAGACGGGAAAAUGUAUUAUAUGAUUUCUUUAUUUAUUUUUUUCUACCAUUCUUUUUACCCUUUAUACCUGUUGUCACUACUUUGCAUCAUACCUAAAUGUAUA